UGGAAUUUGAAGUGAUUGUUGAAAUUCUUUGAGAGGCGAGCUACAGUUUAAAAAGAAAAGAUCAGCAGUCGAUGUUCACCAUUCACCAUUAAGAGGUGGAUUAGGGAACAACGUAAGUUCUACAGAAAAUAAAAAAAGAUAAACAGCUGCAUCAACGGAAACGGCAGAUUUCAUAAGAAAGCGCAAUGAAAACAACGGCUAUUUUAACUAUCCUCUUGGCAGCGGCACUAGCUGCUCCACCUCAAUAUGGCAUUUUUGAACAGCGUUCACAAGUAGUUGCCCAGUAUACCGAUGAACAAUGGGCAGCUUUGAAUCCUAUUAUAUCUGCAAACAAAUAUGAAAAUGACGAAAUCCAAAGACAAUGGGCCAGUUUUCUGCGUUACCUUCCUUGGUUAACGGGACCUAUCGGACCUUCUGGAAAACAAGGACCGGCUGGUGCCCCAGGCGCAGAUGCAAAAUUUGUUCCAGUCCCAGGAGCUCCAGGCCCAAUCGGAGCAGUAGGUCCAGCCGGACAGAAGGGAGAAACUGGAGAUCAAGGAUCACCCGGAGCUCCUGGUUCUACCGGCGCUAAAGGCCAGCCCGGUUCUAAUGGAACUCCUGGAACUCAGGGUUUGACAGGUGCCCGAGGAAACGAUGGAGCUCCAGGAGCCCGCGGUCUACCGGGAUCUAAUGGAAGUAAAGGGGAACCAGGAAUAAACGGACAACCAGGCUUUGUAGGUGCUCCAGGUGCCCCUGGAAAUGACGGAAAACCAGGAUUGUCUGGUCCGCAAGGAGAGAAGGGUGAAACGGGUGCACCAGGUCAAACCAUUCCGUCCAAGGUUCCUGGGCCAGCAGGUGCUCCAGGUGCUCCUGGAAAAGAUGGCGCUCCAGGCGCUCCAGGCCCCGUUGGUCAAGUCGGCCCAAUCGGUCCAGUGGGUCCUCAAGGUUCAUCUGGUAAAAACGGAUCUCCAGGAUCCAACGGCGCUAAAGGUGCUAAAGGAGAAAAUGGAAUUUCUGGAUCCCCGGGAGCUCCUGGCAAGGACGGUCUUCCCGGUGCUCCGAGCAAACAAGCUGGGUCACAGGGACCAAUUGGCCCCAAUGGAGUUAACGGUGGAGCUGGUUUACCUGGGAAAGAUGGUCUCAACGGCUUACCAGGUGCUCCAGGCAAAAACGGAAAGGAUGGUGCUCCAGGAUCUCCAGGUCCCAAGGGAGAUGAUGGUAAAUCUGGGGAGAAUGGUUCACCGGGUCCGAUUGGUGAAAAAGGAGAAACAGGACCUCAAGGACCGCAAGGCGAACCCGGGAUUGCCGGCCCACAAGGGCUUCCUGGCCCCAUCGGAGAAGUAGGCCCUGUCGGCCCUGUUGGGCCACAAGGAGAAACUGGCCGUGAUGGUGAAACUGGUGCAACCGGAGCUAAGGGACAAGCGGGACCAAUUGGCCCUAUUGGACCUUCUGGAAAACAGGGGGAAACUGGUGCUCCAGGAGCAAGAGGUCCCAUUGGCCCAAAAGGGCCAACUGGAUCCCCAUCAGGUGUUCCUGAAACAUAUGAAUCUGUCGGACAUGACGGACAUGACGGAUACGGCACUGUGAAAGCUGGCCGUCAUCAAAGUUAUAAAACUACCGCUCAAACGUACAACAAUGAGUCAGAAGAGGAGCGUGCUUAAGAGAAAUGAACAACAUGUAAAUGGAAAACAUUGAAAAGUACGAAUUUCUAAAUAUUUAAAACAACCACGGCUUUGAAGCCUUUAUUAGUUCAAGCACUCAAGCAUAUUACAAAUUAAAAGUAAAUAUCGAUUAUUUCAUAGUGUGUAUGUCUUCCAAAUAUGGAAAAAAUAUGAAGGAAUAAAAUAAACCAAAUUGAAGUGAU